AUGUAAAUGGCCGACCGUCGACCACAACCAUCCGAAGUCCUCCAUAUCAAGUUCUAAAGUGAAUUGUAAUCGUGAAUUGAUAAAAAAUCCGGUUAGGUCGAGACCGGUGCAUAUUGUCUUGUUGUAAAAACCGAAGGCUCGUUCAUAAAAUAUUUGAGGCGUAUUCGAGGUGUUCGACCCUACAUUAGAAAAAGUGUGGAAGAUAGGAACUGCGAACGGUGAUAAGAUCGUGGCUUGCAAGAUUCUUGGGUUAUGAAUGGCUCACAAUGGCUUUACCACCAACAGGCGUAUUGCAUAGAAGAUCAGGAGGAAUAGUUUCAGCUAUCAAAAAGCAAGUUAAAAUCCUCAAUCUGAAACCUGUGAAAAAGAUUCAAUUCUCAUUCGAUCCAUUCGGUGCAUCCGAGAGUUUGAGGCAUUUCAUGCACGGUGUCUCCAUCCCAGCGGUCAGAGCAACAAAUCUCAACGCUGUUUUCCGAAAUGAAAUACUCAGCGACAGACAAGAACCCACAAUAAAUAUAUCCUUAGUGAACGGUGAAUCAGUCAUUUUUAAGUGCAGCAAUUUGACAUUCGUGGAAUUACUAACACUCUACAACAGACAUAUUUCCCGACUCGCACCGAAGGAGGUAGAUGAAGAUGAUGAAUUGACCGCCAAGUACACCAAAAAACUAGCGAAGAAAAUAAAAAAGUAGGCAAAUAUUUAACUUGUAUAAGAUUUAGAAAAGAACACUUCAAUUAUGCCCAAAGACAAAAA